AUGUGCUACCACCACGAUGCAUGCUUCCUUGUGAUUGGCAAUAUCUUCCUCUUUUUUCUUUUACCGUUGUCACGUAGUACUAUGGGUCACCUUCAGAGCACCCAGAAACAAGAGCCAAAUGAAAUCAGUUCGGAAGGCCGUGUAGCAACCGAGCAUGAGUCUACCAAUAUCGACGACCUCAUAAGAAGUGGGCGGUACAAGGUUGCUAAAAAGGAGACACUGGAAAUGAUGUCAGCCAUUCAGGACGAGCGAGACAGGGGUAAGCUUUAUCCUGAUUCCGAAGUCAAGGAUCUCAAACAGUACAUAAUAGAACAGGAGGGUCUCAACGUCGGGGAUGCAAAGAGAAGAGCGCUUUCACAGCAGUGGCGAUUCUUUCUUUCCUGUGAACCAAUGCAACGGGGAUUGGACGCGGGGAUUAUUGUGGGAAGUUUUGCUGCUGCCGUGUACGCUUUUAGAAGCCCAAAGAACCGCAUCCCAGCGAAGGUUGGUCUUGUUUUCGCUUGUGGAUGUUGUUUAGGCCUAAUUACAGUGCCAGUACUGGUAGUAGCGGCAGAGAGUUAUAACAAUAAGCGUAUUAAGAAACUCGAGAAAGAGUUGUUCGCAAAACAGCGGGCAGAGUUUCUCAACAAAGAAAGAUGA